ACGUGCGUCAUUUCCGUUGUCAGGUGGUGCUGCUAUGGAAAGAUGUGAUCAGCAGUCCCAAGAAGGCUUUUCCUGAUUACCAGUUUCGGUAAUGCUGUGAAAAAAAACGUGCAUUUUGAAAGACAGGCUGCUUUGUGGUGUGGAGGAACUGUCAGUGCACCGCUCCUCGCUAAAGAUUUGGACAAAGAUGUCAGCGGUUGUGUAGACAACACAGGAUAUUCCCCCGGCGGUUUUUAGCUAGAGAUCUGUAGAAUGUCUAGACGCCGUGUUGCAGAGAGAGGGGCAGGAGAAUCAUCCGGCAGGGCAAGCAAGCUCCUUUGUCCUGGGAUAUCUGGCAACAAUGCUAAGAGAGCUGGACCCUUUGUCUUGGGGCCUCGACUGGGAAACUCUCCUGUGCAGAGCAUAGUUCAGUGUCUGGCCAGGAAAGAUGGAACAGAUGACUUCUACCAGCUAAAAAUUUUGACCCUAGAGGAACGUGCUGACUCGUCUGGAGAGACGCAGGAGGAAAGGCAAGGCAAGAUGCUGCUGCACACAGAGUACUCACUGUUGUCUCUCCUUCACAAUCAGGAUGGAGUGGUGCAUCACCAUGGACUCUUUCAGGAUCGCUCCUGUGAGAUUGUGGAGGAUAUGGAGGCCAGUAGAGCACGCAGGAUGAAGAAGCGGAUCUGUUUGGUGCUGGACUGCCUGUGUGCUCAUGACUUCAGUGACAAAACAGUGGACCUCAUCAACCUGCAGCACUAUGUCAUCAAGGAGAAGAGACUUAGUGAGCGUGAAGCCAUUGUCAUCUUCUGUGAUGUAGUGCGAGUGGUUGAGGCUCUGCAUAAGAAGAACAUUGUGCACCGAGACUUGAAGCUUGGAAACAUGGUGCUUAACAAAAGAACUCACCGGAUCACAAUCACCAACUUCUGCCUGGGUAAGCAUUUGGUGAGUGAAGAGGAUCUACUGAAGGACCAGAGAGGCAGCCCAGCCUACAUUAGUCCAGAUGUCCUAAGUGGUCGUCCAUACCGUGGGAAGCCUAGUGAUAUGUGGGCUCUCGGUGUGGUGCUGUUCACCAUGCUGUAUGGCCAGUUCCCCUUUUAUGAUAGCAUACCUCAAGAGCUCUUUCGCAAGAUCAAGGCUGCAGAGUACUCCAUCCCAGAGGACGGCCGCGUGUCAGAUAACACAGUGUGUUUGAUCCGUAAACUGCUGUUGCUGGAUCCCCAGCAGAGGCUGACUGCAGCGGAGGUGCUCGAGUCUCUCAGUGGCAUUAUUGCCUCCUGGCAUUCUGUAUCAUCCAUGAGCGGCCCUCUGCAGGUAGUACCGGACAUCGAUGACCAGCUCAACCAACCCGACCAUCUACAGGAGGUGAAAGUAACAGAAGAGUCGUCACAGUACGAGUUUGAGAACUACAUGCGCCAGCAGCUGCUUCUAGCUGAGGAGAAGAACACUAUCCAUGAGGCCAAGAGCUUCCUGACCAAGAGACAGUUUGGCAGUGUGCCACCAGUGAGGCGCCUGGGUCACGAUGCUCAGCCUGUCAGCCCUCUAGACGCAGCCAUACUGGCCCAGCGCUUCCUCAGGAAGUAGAGGAUCACUGUGCACAGGCCGUGACAUGCAGCCGGAUUCACAUGUGCGUGUGGUUGCUUUAAAGAGCAUUUGGGUGACGAGAUGCAGCAUUUUGGACCAUUAUCUCUUGUCUGCUUCUCUCACUGGUCAAAGAAGGUGACUCUAGUUAGGGCAACACACAAGACUUAUGGGUUCUGAGCCCCUACCAAACCCCCCUCCCUGUCACUCUGCCAUACAGACAUUAGCAGCAAUACCGGAAUUGAAUCAUGUAGCAAAUGGGUGUGCACACGUGCAUCUCACACACCUCUCAUUCUCCUUUUCUACUCUCAGCACUUUCCAAGGGGAACAGCUCAGAUCACCUGACCUCAGUUGUCAUCUCACCAUGUGUUCCUCAGUCCUUCAGUCAACCACACCCAUCCAUACUGAGCUCCAUCUGCAUCCACAAUUGCAAAUCUACCUCUUAACGUCUCUGUUUCUGUCUCUCAGUCCGUUUAGAACUGUGCUCUCAAUAUUUUUGAAAAACAGGUAUCCAAAUGUGGGGAUAUUACCACAAGCACAGGUGAAGAGCAUUAUUAUUAUUAUUAUUAUUAUUAUUAUUAUUUCUAUUUCUUCAGAGUUUUGGCAUGACAAAACCAGCGAUAAAGUUUUCUUCAUAAUCUGAAUAAGCUUUGCUCCCCUCUCCUGUUAGAAAGGUAGCAUUUUAAGAACAUGUUCUUUUUCCCCUGCCUUUUUAUUCAUUUAUUCUUGUUUGCCUAAGUUCUUAAGUUAUAGUAUAACACAAGGACUCUGUAGGCCUUCCUUGCUUGAUUGGGCAUUCACAGGCAGCUAGCUUUGUACAGCUCAAAAUCUAGAUGCCAAAAAUAGUCCCAAAAGCUGUUGCUUUGCGACCUGUUGCCCUGUGAGGUACGAUAUUCUCCCCUGAUCAGCUAAAGGUGCAGUCGGCUGCAAUGGACAAAAUGCUUUUGCUUUUCUUUUAUUACACCUCAAUAGAGAGUUGUCUUGUACGUGUGAAUUUCUGAAAUUCAAGUACAUGCCUUCUGGGUUUUGUUCUUAUGAUUGCCUGUUAUUAUCUGAGGUCCUUGAGCAACCAGAGAUGAUGUAAAGCUGUCAGAAGCAGGAUGGUUGAGGCUGCAAUCAUGUGGAAGUUUAAGCUCCAUUAGGCCCCGGAAGUGCAGGCUUUAAUCUCUUCCUUGCCCCUGUGGUGAUCACAGCCAACAUCUUGAGCUGCCCUUUUGAAAAUAAGCCAGCACUCCUUUUCAGCCACACCAUAUCAAGCCGGAACCUUGGCUGCCCUUCUGGUCAAUGUUUUGUGGAAUGGUCACGAAAACUAAACCAAGGAACCCAGGCAUAUAUACCAUACCCUAAUCCCCAUCUUCCAUUUUUAGUGCCAUUGUCUUUAUUCAUCAUGUAUAUAAAGAUUAUGAGCGCAGUUCUCUUGAUACAUUAAUCACAUUUUUAUGUUUUUCUCCUCACUUUUGUUGAAAGUUAUCGGAUAUAAAUAUUUACAAUCCUGUCAAACUGUUCACCAAUCCAGUCUAAGCUACUUGUACAAAUCAUUGCCACAGAAUAUCUUGCCUUAGAUUCAGAUUUCAACAGUGAGUGGUGAUUUUUGUACCUUUUGGUGGUCUAGUAUAUUUUAGUAAACAGGUAGUCAUCUUGCAUCAGCCUCUGAACCUGUGACUUAGCUUGUGAAGGCCUGCCUGAUUCACUAAUAUUGGGGGGGUGUAAUCCAGUACUGUAGGCCUCUGAGCUUCUCAAUGGUAGUUUGUCUUUUCUUUUUGUAUUGUGCUCAGUUUUUAAAGUGCAAAGCAAUUUGACAGAAAGCAUGAGUGAAACUGUUUAACUUUGCUUGGUUUUAAUUUUUCAAGGGUGUUCAUUUUUAUUUAUUCACUGUGUACAAAUGGUCUUGCUUCCAGGUGUGAAGUAUCAUGAGAUCAUCACAUAAUCCAGUUCUAAAGUAUUGCUGUGAUCCUGUUUUUCUUUCUUUUUUUGCCCAGUAAUCCCCAGUGAAGGCUUCCUUUUUUUUUUUUUUUUUUUUUUUUAAUUACCCUUUUUGUCUGAGUAAAUGUCACAAUCCUGAUGGUUUAUUAAGCUACGUUAAUAACAAGACUGACUUUGCAUAGCUCUAUUUUUAGACAUAUGAAAUUAUAGCACAUUGACAUUAAGGAAUUAGGGAGAGUUUAUCCUGCAAGUUUAAUACAACACACUCCAGAGGCCAGUGUGCAAAUUCCAUCCUGAUGUAGCUGUACUAGUACACCAAGGCAUUGACAUGAGGAGUAUUUUAUCAAAAUAAUGUUGCCUGCCACUAUUGAAAGCAUUAGUGUGCUCCCACCUCAAUGUGAAUAUUUUUUUUUUAACAUAUUGCAGUAUUGUAGAUGACUUGUGAGUUUUGUGUGUGGCAGUUCAGGGGCAAGUACUAGGUCCCCACGAAAAUUAAAACAUCACUGCAUCCAUAAUUCUUGAAGAAAGGCAGUGUAGUGACUCCACAUCUCCAUCAUCUUACCACAAAUCUGUGGGUUUACAAUGUGAUUUGGAGUGGUUGUGUAGUCAGUACCUUAAUGUAGGCCAUAAUUGUUGUUGAAUGCCCCAUGUGAGUGUCUUAACAGAACCUCUCUGCAUACAUUUUUUUUUUUGCGCCCCCCCCCCUCCCCUCCCCCUCUUGUAGCACCAAGCUGUGUGUUUGCAGCAUGACACAUUUUUGUUGAGCUAUAUUGUUUUUGUAUAGUAAUUAAUGCAUGACUUGGACUUGCAGGAUGUGCCACAAGAUCUCUGCAUUUAAAUUGCCAGAAAAUUCAGGUGUGGCUGUAGGUGUCUUUUAAGAAGUAAAUUGCAUUUGUAAUCCAGUUGAAAAUACACUAAAAAACAGAAGAUUCAACUCAGCGGCACUAAAUUGGGAGAAUUUAUUUUGAAGUCAGUAAUUUUGUUUAGAGGUAUGAUGAAUAUUUUUUUUUUCUUCUACUUUUGUCCUGUCAUAUAAACAUGUCCGCUAACUGGAAAAUGGUGUAAAAUGAGAUGAUGGUGAAAUUAGUUAAAAGCCUAAAUGUUCGGUGUUGUAAGCUGCUUGUUUGGAUAGAUAUCAAAGAAGAAACUGGGUAAUUGUACAGAGAUAAAAACAAAUUUGUAUAAAUGACAUAUUUUUGUACUUCAUAAAAUCUCUACAUGCAUGUCAGCAAUAAAUUUGAUAUGGAACAUA